AUGAGUCUGUUGCUUAGGUCUGAUAAUGACGGCGUCGUGCCUUCGCCGCUCCCCGAGGCUGCAGGCUACGUGGUUGUUGUUGCAGUUGGUCUAGUAUUUGCACUCGGGCGUUACAGCUUCAUGGUAGCCAACAGAUCAGUAGGAACGGGUCUUGUUGCCUCUGCAGUAGUAUCUUCGUGGUUAUGGAGCACAGCUUUGCUCAGCUGUGUGUUGGUGACAUAUCUUUAUGGAGUAUCUGGAGGCUUCUGGUAUGGGGCAGGCUGCUCUCCAAUGAUAGUUUUCUUCGCCUAUCUCGGGGUCGUCUGCAAAAAGCGUAUACCACAAGCCCACACAGUCCUUGAAAUCGUUCGAAUCAGAUAUGGUACUAUUGCGCAUCUUACUUUCACUUUCUUGGCAAUCGUCAACAAUCUUUUCAACACGAUCAACAUGAUCCUGGGCGCUGCAGCCGUGAUUACUUUCCUUUUCUUAACGGAUUAUAUACACACAUUUGUCAUCGCCAUUCUAUGCUGCUAUUUGACGACAAAGGCUCUCCUUCACCACGAUGUCGGCUCUAUUGACGGAUUGUACGACCUCGUUGUCAAGGCGCAGCCUUCACAUGCAGUCGAUGGGAACUAUCAAGGGUCACUUCUUACAAUGAACUCUCAACAAGGAAUAUUCUUUGCGAUUAUUCUUCUUGUAUCAAACUUCGGUGCCGUUAUUAUGGAUACGAGCUACUUCAUCAAAGCAUUUGCCGCAUCCCCAAAAGCUGUUGUCCCAGGCUAUGUAGUAGGUGGAUUUGCCUACUUCUCCAUUCCAUGGAGCCUUGGUACUAUAAUGGGCCUCGCAGCGUUGGGAUUAGAAAGCUCUCCUAUAUUUCCAACAUACCCUCGUCCAAUGAAUAGCUUAGAAGUCACAAAUGGUCUGGUACUUCCUUAUGUAGCUGUGGCAGUCGCAGGAAAGGGCGGAGCUGUGGCGGUCUUGCUUAUGACAUUCAUGGCAAUCACUUCAACGCUUUCUGCUCAGGUUAUCGCCGUAUCGUCCAUCUUUACAUUCGACUUUUACAGAACAUACAUCAACAAAAAUGCAGGCAAUAAAGAUGUCAUCAGAUGGAGCCACUUGGGCGUCGUUCUCUUUGCCUCCAUCUCAGCUGGCCUAACUGCGGCGUUUAACUACGGUGGCAUCAAUAUGGGCUGGACCCUCUAUAUGAUUGGAGUUGUAACAUGCCCUGGUAUUUUCCCCUUGGUCUUGACGAUACUUUGGAACAAACAAAGUGGCUUCGCAGCUGUUGUUUCGGCGGUAACUGGCUUGGCUACUGGUCUGGGCGUUUGGCUAGGCACAGCGCAAGCUUUGUUUGGUGAAGUAUCCGUGGAUUCCACUGGGCAAACACUUCCCUGCCUUUACGGAACUGUCGCCUCCGCACUUAGUCCUUUGCUUUACACGGUUAUCUUGUCAUUCAUUUGGCCGGAUAACUAUGACUGGGCGCGCUUCACCGAAGAAAAGCUGCUACUAGAUAGCGAUGUGCCGACCGAAGAACCUGAAAGUAGGCAAGGCGGAAAAGGGGGUGUCCUUAGCAGUUCCUCUGAGAUUGUCUACGACCAAACGGAUCUGAGGUGGAAAAGAUAUGCGUUGUUUUGGUCGCUUUUCUCAUUCUUUGGUCUUUGGGUUCUCUGGCCGCUGCCAAUGUAUGGAGCGAAAUACAUAUUCAGUAAAAUUUUUUUCAGGUCGUGGAUUGUGGUGUCGCUGAUAUGGCUUUGGACAAGUCUGCUCAUAUUGGGCGUGUAUCCGCUAUGGGAUGGCAGGAAACAAAUUUUCAAAGUAUUGAGAGGCCUACGAGGCUAA